GUAACACAAACCAAAACGCAAUGUUUAAAACAUUACUACUUGUAUCAGUACUCGCAUACCUGUGCCGGGGGUCGGAGGCCUACCUGACGGUAAAGGGCCGGGAGUUUCACUAUAACGGCCAACAGGUGUUCCUAUCGGGCGCUAACAUAGCCUGGAGUUCGGAGGAUUUGGGCCACGACUGGGGAAAUGGCAAGUAUUGGGAGCACAGGGCGAAAAUGCGUGAGUGGUUGGCCGGCAUUCACUCGCACGGCGGGAAUGUGGCCCGAGUUUGGCUACACUUUGGCGGCGCUAUUUCGCCCGAGUUUGACGCCCAGGGAUACGUUGUGGGCACUGAUAAGCAAAAUGAUUUGGUCAAAGAGCUACAGGCGCUCAUGGAUGACGCCCAGGCCAACAACGUGUUUAUUAUAUUGUGCAUGUUUACCAACAGUAUUUAUGCGAAAGACUCGGGUUUUAUAACCGAUGAGAAAAAAAUUCAGUCAUAUCUGGACAAAGCGCUCGUACCUAUGGUUCAGGGGCUCAAAGGAAAGAAAGCGUUGGCCGCGUGGGAGAUAGAGAACGAACCGGAGGGUGCGAUGGAUAUAUGGACCAAAGAGACUGACCCUCACACCUGUUUCGACAUUUAUCGGUGGCAAAAAAGUAACAAAAACAUGGGCUAUGAGUCCAGACAUCCCAUUAAACGAAUCCUGCGGUUCUUCAACUGGAUCUCGUCAACGAUCCACACGACAGACCCGUCAGCGCUGGUAUCGGUGGGCACAUGGAAUCCCAAGACCAGCACUGGUCAGUGCGACCAUUGUUUCAAUCUAUAUCAGGAUCAGUGUCUGGUCGCUGCGGGCGGUAAAGCCAAUGGUGUGCUGGACUUCUAUCAGAUGCACUCGUAUGAGUGCGGAGCUGAACAUCCCAUCAAACGUACGGCCGAACAGUACUCACUCGACAAACCCCUUAUGGUCGGCGAGUUCUCCACCAAAAGGUCCUGUAUGCCGGACUCGGCUCAGGUGUAUAAACACUACUACUUUGGCGGUUACGCCGGGUGUAUGGCCUGGCAGUACAACGAUCAUCACGAUAAUGACCGCGACUCCAGGGAUGUUAUUAAUCAUGGUAUGGAUAGCAUUAGACACGAGACGAGUAAUGGUGUGAUCGAUUGCGCCUACAGCCUACCUGCACAGUGUUCGGUCACCCAGUUCUUGGGCUCGAUUGCAAGUGACCCUGCACACGAUUUGCUAAAUGACCCUUGCGCAAAAAAGUCCCGCGACGACGCCGGUAAAUGUCUUAUCCAGAAAAUCCCGGACAUUGACCCACACAGUACUGACCCAAAGUACAUAUGUUGUGUCACUUGGGUUGCCAGCGAUUGUCUGGCCUCGGCUGGCAAGAUCGACUGUACCGCCGCUGAGUUUGCUGCUCUGAGAAAGAUCCUGGACGAGAUUACUGCUCUAGGUGAUGCCGGUGCGUGCAAGGCUUACCCCUAUCACAGCGGCAUUCAGACUUGUGCCAAAUAG